AAAACAUCGGCAUCCGUUGACGAAAUUUUAAUCGAUAUACGAUAACCGCCAGGAGAAACUGCCACCCGUAAGGCAAUUCGCCAAAUAAUCGAGCGAACACUCAUCCAACAUCAAAAGUUUUGUGAACGGUAACGUGCGCGCGCGAGUGUGUGUUUUUUAAGAGCUGUGCGAAGAAAAGCAACAGUUUCGUAGUGACGGUACGCUUCCGGUGCGACGUGUGAGUACCGUGGAAGAGGCCUACAAAAUCUCAACCCAAUCAACCCAAUACGGGAAUCCAGCUUCCCGCAAUCGCAUCUAGAAUCAGCAAUCAAUUUCUACACCAAAGCACCAGAAAACAGCCCCCAGAAGCGAUGAAGCCGUUCCACAGUUGGAGUAGUAUGGUGACGAUCGCCGCGCUCGCCCUAUGCGCCGGUGUUGCGCUUGCUGCACCGAACGUGCGCGUUAAGCGUGGCGACGAACCCGAAGCCGUUGUCAUUGCGGAUGCCGAAUCCGCCGUAAACCCGCUCACAUCCCAGGAUGCGGUAGCCAUCGGCGACGACCUUGACCGUGACAAACGCAAAGUUCCCGACCCGAAGUACGAAACCAAGAACGCCAUCCUAGGAUUCGUGUUUGGAAAAAUCAACUCGUUCAUUGACGCGAAGACGCGCUUCAUCGACAAACUGGACCACGCGAACAUUGAGAAGAACAAGCAGCAUCACAUCGAACCGCCGAAACCGGUGCCAGACUUCCAGUCGCUCAUCUCGUCCGUCAUCACGCCGAAGGUGCAGUUCAUCACGUCCAAGAUUGGUUCGCUGAGCGGCAGCUUCCUGGGCGGUUCGUCCGGCGGCGGCCACGGUGGGGACGAUGAUCAUCACGGCAAUGGCGGCGGUGGCGGUGCGCCCCAGCUCGGCAACAUCGUUUCCUCGCUGCUGAAGCUGUCCGGCCCGAUCCUGUCCGGAUCGUCCGGUUCGCAGCACGGUGGCUCGAACACGGUAUCGCUCGGCGAUCACGACGAUGACGAGUAAAUUGGAUCCCGGGCGGAACCAUAGCCUCGUGGAGCGAUUAUCUGAGCGAGGACUCAAGAAUUCUUGCAUGUUGAGAUGGUUUGACAGUUUGCUCCUCAACGAACAACAACAAAAAAACACGCUCAUCACAAACUGUACGCUCACGCCUCAUGAAACAACUCGCUCGAACAAACAUCUCACAUACACUCACACUCAUUGAUCACCCACGCAUACACACAACACACACGCUCACAUAUACGUACGCGCUACGUUAGGAAUUAUCGGAAUUGAUGCUUUUAUUUAAUUUGAAUCGCCCAGUGCAAUGUGGAUGCCUCGUUUGUUUCUUCUUAUUUUUGUUUAAUUAAGAGAAACCAGCCUGCACGAAGCUUAGCAAAAAAACAUUAAAAAACGGGAGCAAGAAAAUUAAGCCCAGGAAGAGAUGUAAGUGGGAUUAGUAAGGGAUAUUAUUGUACUCCUUGUAUUGUUUUGUUUUCCUUCCACCUUUUUUGUGUAAUUCUAUCUCCCUUCUUUCGCUAUAAUAAUGCUCUUUCUUUAACUGCUGUCGUUCCAUCUUUUACUCCUCUACUCUUUUCCUUUCCUCUUUUACUUAUCUAUUUUGCUAUCUUCUUCUAAAUAAUGCUUUCCCGUUUCUUCGCUAUUUUAUUUUAUCUUUGUUGAUUUAAAUAUUCGUUAAUGGGGGAUUUUUAUUUCUAUAACCUGGUUGUUAAUCGCAGUUAUUCAAAAUCAACUGACUAGCUAAAUUGUUUGAAAAUGAAAAAACGAAAGAGAGAGGGAGAGAGAGAGAAAGAGAAAAUUUGAGAGGAAAAAUGGUAACUAGGACGUAGUAGAUUUGAGGUUAGAAUCAAACAAACACCACCUCCAUACAGUGCAGACCAUAAGUAUAAAGAGGUACGGUAUUACAGCAACAGUCGCUUAAAGUAAGCUCAUCAUCAAACACAGACACAAACACAAACUUAUACUUCUCUCAUCAGGACAUUGUAUUUUUUUGUCAUCGUUUAUCCAUACAAAUAUGUGAUGGUCAGCCAAGUGGUCCUUGCGUCCAGUGCCAAUAGGAGCAGCAAUUUAGUAUAAAGAUUUUUAUUUGAACCGGUUCCACAAAUCACAGACGAAAAAGUUCCUUUUCCUGACUCCGGAUGCCUUUUUAGCGGUCAAGAGAGCUAAAAAUCAUAAAAGAAGGGUUCGUCGCCUAUGUCCAAUCAUAGCGAAAGCAUUUGCGUUUUGUACUAGAUUGUGGUGUGUGGUAGGAUUUUUUAGACGAGAAAAACUCUUGGAAAAAAAACGGAAUAUCGGUUCAGUAUAGGGAAAACAUUUAGCUAAACACAUUUAUAAAAACACACACACACACCCAUACAUCAUAGUAGCCCGUUACGCCCAAGGACUACUAUUCUUCUCAUAUUUUCGUUCUUCUAAAUGUUGUAAAUAAUGGAUUAAUAAAUGCAAACUCUUAUUCACAAACUUA